GGCUGUCUCACCUGUCCUCUGAGGAUGAAGGAGUUCCGGCCCGCGGGCCUCGCUCAGCGUCGCUCCCCGGCCUGAUGGCUCCGAUCCCGGCAUGAGAUGCUCCGCGACGCCCCGCUGAUCCGAGAGGACCUGAGAGAACCGGAGGGAGAGAUACAGACAGGAAGUGUGUUAGAAAUGGAGCGGAUCGAUGACGCUUCGGCGGUGAUGACAAACAGUGAGGAGGCGGAGCCAGGAGAGCAGGGGACGGAGCCAGGAGAGCAGGGGGCGGAGCCAGGAGAACAGGGGGCGGUGCUUAUACUGAGAGAUGAGGAGGGAAGGUGUCACUCAGCUUCCUGCAGGUCAGAGGUCGAGGCGCCCCCCCCCAGCUCUGAUGAUGAUGAUGAUGAUGAUGAUGAUGAUGAUGAUGAUGAUGAUAAUGAAGAUGCCUCCCCCACCCCGGGGUGCAGGAACACGUUUGACAGCAGGAGACAAAGCUCUCCAGAUGAUCAGCUGCAGUCCAGGAGGCCGGACAUCGCCCUCAUCUUCUCCAG